AUGGCGGCAUCUACGACCACGACUACGACCGACUUUGAGAGCUUCGAGCGGCUCAACAACGAAUUCUCUGCUCUGAUCGACAGCAUGAUCCCUCGAGAUUUUGGAGCUUCGAGUGGCAAAAAUGCAUCUUCGAGUACGAUAGAGACGGCCGACGAGAUCAUCGAUCGGAAUCGAGCGUUGAGAAAGGGGGAACGACAUAGGAAAAUCAUCUCGGGUGGUACAGCAGGCCCAGAGUCGGUCACCUCGAAUGCCGUCUCGGCAUCUACUCUACCGUUAGCAAACGCUCUCAAACGGAGACAUGGCGCCGAGCCAUCUGCGUCCACCUCGGGAACCAUAUCCGCUGGCAACGCAUCUCAACAGAACGUGCCCGCAGGAUAUGAUGAUGAUGAUGACGAAGAGGAAAGCCGGACGAGGGUGGUCACCAAGAAGAGCAAAUUGUCACGAGAUGCCUUUGCGACCAAGAAGCAGACUGGGAAGGUCAAGGCCAAGCCGGUAGCACCACUACCGAUGAACGGCAAGGUCAAGCAGACGGCAGAAGGAGGAGGAACCUCUGGGAAGGCGAUGAAGUUGUCCAACGAUCUAAAUACGAGCGAGACGGCACCGUCAACAUCGAAGUCGGAAUUCAACCCAGAAUCUCGAUUCGAGCUCCCAAGCACCCCUACCCAUCAUAACCCUUUCAAACUCUCUUACACGCAAACACCAUCGACUCCAUUCUCCAUGCUACAGCCCGGUAUCAACAACAUCUUCUCCACAAUACCCUCGGAAACACCAAGGAUCCCCACCACUCCCACAUCUAAAACUGCAAAUCAAAAUCCCUCAACACCGCUAACACCCGCCAACGACCCAGCUAGAGAGAGAACGGGGAUGACCCCUCCUCCUGAUUUGCAUGGAAAGGAGAGGAAACGGUGGAGAAAGAAGAUGAAGAAGAUGCAGGCGAAGAAGGACGGGGUAGACAAGGGAGGAGAUGGCGAUGGGGACGAAAACGAGGGUGAUGAGGACUAG